AUGGCCUUUAAUAUCACUGAAAAGUUGAAAGUUCCUGAAACAGAAGGCUCCUCUAAAGCAACUAGAUGGAUCAAUAGAGAUAUUGCUCCCCUCAAAGUUUCCAGAAGAACAUGGAACACUUGGACUUAUCUAGGGUUUUGGAAUACUGGAAACUUUACCGCAGCUAGUUAUAGUGGUGGAUCCUCGCUUGUGUCCUUAGGCUUAUCCAUUCCUUCAACUGUUGGAGUGCUAAUGAUUGCAAAAGUUUUUACGGUUAUUGCAGCGGUUUUGAAUGGAUGGGUUGGUGCGAAGUUUCACAUAGGUUAUACAGUUGGUCAAAGACAGGUAUUUGGUGUUUUUGGAUCAGCCCUUGGAAUUUCUAUGAGAAUUAUUUUAGGUGUUGUUUGGUAUGGGAGUAACGCAUGGAUGGGUGGUUUGUGCUUGGGUACGAUUUUAUCGACAAUUUUCCCAACCUUUCAAAAUAUGAAGAAUACAUUCCCGGAAGGUGUUAACAUGACCACAAAGGAGCUUGUUGGAUUUCUACUUUAUCAGCUGCUCUGUAUGGCUCUAUUGAGAAUUAGACCAGAAAAGGUUGCUAUCCCUAUUGCCGUUUCCGCAGGAUAUAACUUUUUUGUUAUGCUUGCAAUAGUGAUCUGGGCACGUGUUCAUGCAGGUACUAUUGGUCCACUGGUCCAUACCACCACCACAGCUAGUGGCUCUGAGCUUGCUUGGAUAUGGUUGUAUGGAAUAACGAGUACAUUCGGGGGUAUUGUUACAGGUAUUGCCAAUCAAUCAGACUUUACAAGAUUUUCGAUCAAGCGUACGGAUCCCAUCUUGGGAACGUUCCUAGGAUUAUGGUUCUUCUCUACUCUUGUUCCAGUUAUUGGAAUCAUUACUACAUCUUGUCUACAAAGUACUUACGGUGAGCAAUACUGGAAUCCAAUAUACGUUGUACAACUAUGGCUUGCUACCGAUUACUCGGCAAAAUCAAGAGCUGCUGGAUUUUUUGCCUCGCUAGGAUUUACUAUUGCACAAAUUGGUAAUAGUGUUGUUGAAAACGGUAUCCCUGGUGGAAUGGAUCUUGCAGGUUGUUUUCCCGAGUACAUCAACAUUUUUCGCGGAUCAAUCAUUAUCGCUCUUCUUUCAUGGACUGUGUGUCCCUGGACAUUCUACAACACUUCUUCGACAUUUGUCACUGUGAUGGGCUCGUUUAGUGUCUUUAUGACCCCACUUAUUGGAAUAUUGAUCUGUGACUUCUGGAUCGUGAGAAAGAGGAAAAUCAAGCUUGCCGAUCUUUACCAUGGAGAAUCUUCUGGGGCAUAUUAUUUUACCUAUGGUUGCAACUUCAGAGCCCUAGCUGCUUGGACCGUUGCUUUCACUCUUAACUUACCCGGAAUGAUUCACAAUAUCACACCAUCAAUCAAAAUUGGCUCUGGAAUGUACAACUAUUUCAGAGGAAACUUAUUUUUUGGGCUUGCCAUAUCUGUUAGUGUGUACUAUGUUUUAUGCCGAAUCUGGCCUAUCGAAGAAGCAGGUAUUCUUGAUGAGUGUGAUCAUUUUGGUACAUGGACUACGGAAGAGUCGCAAGUCCUUGGAAUCAUUCCUUAUGAGCAAGUUAAGGGCACUCCGGAUGAUUUCUGCAAUAAGGUCACUUUUGACCGUGACUCGGAAGUUAGUGAAAUAAUAGUUAGUGUGGAUCAAAAAUAA